AACGGUUUAGUUCCUCGCCGUAAACAUAACUAGUCACAACAACGCGGCACAGAGCGGAAGCCGGUGAUCAGAGUUGGCCAGCUAACCAGUUAACCAGUUGAAUAUUGAACCAGUCAAGAGCCAGGAGCCAGUCUCAAGGGGGCAAAGUGAAUGCGCGACUCGUUUGGCGGUCUUUUAUUAUUGUUAUUUGUUAUUGCUCGCAUUGUUGCUGCUGCUGGUGUUGCUGCUGUUUGGCAAGACGAGAAAUUCAUUGUCAACACUGCCCUCGCAUUCCACGCCAAAAUGCCGCGCAUGCCAAUGAUCGCGCUGCUGCUGCCGCUGCUGUUGACAAUAACGUGGUCAGCGCAAGCGCAGGCCCGAGCGCUUCAGACAGAUCCUGUUACGGAGCCCAGUCUAGAAGGGCCUCGCACGGAGGCAGCGAUAGGCCCGGACGAGGAGGAGACCACGUAUUCGGGCAGUCUUGAAAUGAACACGGUUACCAUUUCGGUUGACGCGGAUGCCAUCAUGACCACCGAUGAUGGCGUACAGAUGUUCACAUCGCUGCCGGCAUUCACGACCACGGAGGAGCCGCUGCCCGAUUCAGUGGUGCAGCAGCUGGAGCAGGAGCGAGCGGAGCGGGAUGGCCGGCUGACAACUAAGGCGCCAACUACAACAGAGGAGGUGGAAACGACGACAGUGGCACCCACAAAUGCCACAACUCGAGCAACCACAACCCCAACAACAAUAAAUACAACAACUCAGCCAGCAACAACAACAACUCAGGCAGCAACAACAACAACUGCUGCCAUAGCAAUGACAACAGUGCAACCAGAGCCAGUCACUGAGCACGCGGCCCCGGAGAAGUCUCAGAGCUUGCUGAACCCGAAGUCUACCAUAUCGAGGCUCGUUGAAGAAAGCCAGGAGAUGAACCUGGAGUCCCUGUCGUCCAUUGGGGAUGUGGCCGGCUACAUGACUACGGAGCAAACCGCCAUGAUCGCCGAGGAGGCCGAGUCCUACGGCAGCGAGCAGACGACCAAUGUGCCACUGAUGGACUUCAAUACCAGUGGCUCGUUCUCAUUGGACGCAAUGGCAUCGGGCACGGAGUCGUCGCUCGUGGAGCAGAGCACAUUUAUGGAGAGCAUGUCCGCUCGGGUCGAGUCGACUACCGAAAUGGAUACGAUGCGAUUCAUGACCACACAGCCGCCAGAGGCCGAUUACGAGCCCCAUGCGGAGGUGAUCACUGAAGCCAGCCACAGCAACAGCACCACGGAACGCAACAUAAUGCAUCUGCUGAGCCGCCUGAGUCUGAACACGAUUACCCAAAGACCAGGCUCUGAGCCAGAGGCAAAGUUCAUCACCACUGAGGAGUCCGUCAUGCAGACGACGCUCACUACGGCCAGCGCUGAUGUAGGGAGCACCACUGAGCCAGGCACCGAAAGCACACUUGCACCACCCAAGCAACAGAGCCUCUUCCAGGCUGUGCCUAUGCAGGGGACCACAGAAGCUGCUGCAGCAAGCUCAACAGAUGCACCACUGACCAGCAGCACCACCAGCACCACCACCACCACCAAGCCAACCACCGAGCUGAUAACUAAGGCAACGCGUGCACCGCGCAUCGAACGCAUCUUCAACUCGGAUGGCGUUGAGGUGCUCUACGGCUAUUCAUCGGUGAAUCGCUCCUAAGCGCGCACCACACACACAAAUCACCAAAAAUGACCUUGUCAAGGUCAGCUUGUCAUACAACAUCACAGCAACAACAACAACAACUCACACAACAAUAUCGACAGAAAAUGACAUUUUCGUGCUGGAUUUUUCCAAAUUCUAAACGAGCGAAAUAUUUAAAUCUAUUGUGAUAAACGAAAAGAAAGAGGAGAAG